AUGUCUACUUCUCAUAAAAAUCGUUAUCAUUCAUCUGCAUAUCAUUAUCAAGAAAAAUCUUCAUCAAUUGUUAAAUCACAAUCGGAUACAACAUAUUAUUAUCGCCGUCAACAUCAUUACAUAUCUCCAUUAGAAAAACUUGAUAAACUUACACAAAGAUAUUGUCCAGGAAAAUUAAAAAAAAAUAAUGCACUUAAGGAUUUAUACAAUAAUGGGAAAUGUGGAAAAUUUGAAUUACCUCCAUCGUUAUUCAAAAAGUUUUACAUCAAUCGUCAAACAUCAAUUAGUGUUUUAAAUGAUUUAAUCGAUUAUACUCUUCAUAUUAAAAAUUAUAUGAUCGACAGAGCUGGGACCGAUUGGUUUAAUCGUACUUAUCCACAAUCAAUUCAUAUUCAAGAUGGUGUUAAUGACCAAUAUACAUUACAAUCAGCAAUUUAUAUAACAUUUAAUGAAUGGCUCGACAAGAGAAUGACCCUUGCAAAUUGGGGCUGUAGUAUUGAUUUAUUAUUACAAACUUAUCGAUCAAUGAAUUAUUAUGAUGACAUAAAAGAUAAAAAAUUUUAUGAUGAAAAACAAAUACGUCAAUAA